AUGGAGUACCCUUAUUACUUGGCUUUGUAUUACUACAUCACUGAGGGUCGCUAUCUUAGCGGUGCCGAUGAAUCAACUAAACGCAAGCUACGUUACCAAGCACAACGUCUUGAAGCCCAUCGAGGAAGGCUGUAUCGCAAAACCGAUGAUCCAACAUUCUUUGGUCCUGAGGUUCUCCAUGAAGGAAACAUCGAGGAAAUUGUUAAACAAGUGCACAAUGAAGGUCAUUUCGGCGAGAUACGAACAUGGCAACGUAUACGAGAAAACUUCUGGAGCCCUGGUUUAUCGAAGUAUGUCAAGGAAUUUGUUAAAGCAUGUCAAACAUGCCAAUUUAGACAGCGUGCCCCUCGAAGACGUUAUGCUCAAGCAAAUCCAAUCCAAACACCAAGUCGUCCAUUUUUCAUGAUUGGUUGCGACGCUGUGGGUCCCACGUUGGAACCAACAAGGCAUGGUAAUCGUUAUCUUUUGGUGGCGAUUGAUUAUUUAACAAGGUGGCCAGUGGCAGCUGCAGUACCCAACAUCAAUGAAGAAACAACAGCUGAUUUUCUAUUCAAUCAAGUGGUAAAGACAUAUGGCGUACCUUCCUAUAUUUUAACGGAUCGAGGAUCCAACUUUACAUCUGAAUUUGUUCGAGAGUUUCUACGUGACAUGGGCUGCAGACAUAUUACCACUACGGCGUAUCGACCCCAAAGUAACGGCCUUUGUGAACGAUUAAACCAAACCUUAACCCAAACCAUUGCCAAAAUUGCACGAGACGAUGAUAAAACUGAUCGAUGGGAUGAGUACGUGGAUAUGGCAUUGUUGGCUAUUCGUACGAUGCCAAACGAAUCAACAAGGUUUUCUCCCUCCAUGCUAUUGUUUGGAUAUGAAUUGCGUACCCCGGCAACAUGGCCUGCCCCAAGGAUCGAUUAUGUUGAAGGCGAGAUUGAAGUGGAGAUUGCCCAACGUACACGAGUCAUAAAACAUCUUUCCGAUACAAGCCGUGAACAAGCACGCAUGCGAGUUAAGGAAAGACAAACACGUGACAAGAGGCGGUAUGAUCAAAAUGUGGCUCCUCGUAAACGCUUUCAAGUUGGAGAGCAGGUGUUGAUGCGUGACAAGGCACCCGUUGGCAAGUUUAGCGAUCGGUGGAUCGGGCCCUUGGUGGUAACGAAAGUCAAUAGUCUUGGUACCUAUCAUCUGGCGUGA